AUAACAGUGAUCACGGAAGCAAAUGGAAUCAUUGCCCCCAAAAGGCUGAAAAGAAGCUUCAAAAGGCUAAAGACGGAAGUGAACCAGCAACAUCAGAAAAAAUCAGAGUUUAUUUUUCUGACAGUUAUGGCUAUUCUUGCAUCACUCAUACUCGUCAUUUUGGUCUUUCUGAUCAUUCGAAGUUUGCAGUCUUGUCGAAAUAAAAGGCGAGAGCAAGCAUUGAGCGAUCAGAGAGGACCGCGUCCCAUGAAGACUGGUGACAUCUCACAGGAUCACUUCCAACACAGAGGUGCCCUAGUAGUUGACUCAGGUCUUAAAGGACCAGUGCAUCACUUGGCCGACGACAGCACGAAAUCGCAGCCUCUGAAGGGCAUUGAGUUCGAUUCACGCCUAAAUGAAAUCGUUGACAUUGGCUCAAAUGUGGAGGUGCUUGAGAAAUCUCGAACCAGAAAGGCAAAGAAAAGAAAGGCAAAGAAAACAAGCGUGACAGCCGUCACCGUCAAAACAGCAGAAGAGUUACAGGCAGAAGGGGAAACACAGCGAAGUGCAGGGGAUGAGCAUUCACCAAAGGACCAUUCAUUUGAAAUGAAACCUGUGCAAAAAUCUAGUCUAACUAUAACAACAUCCGAUAUCACAUCAAGCGAAGUGAGUGCUGUAAGUUUUUGUUCAACAUUUUCAUUCACCUCUACAGAAGAUUUGAGUAGGCUAGCAUGUAGAGAAAUUUUCUGUAGCGUUAUUCGGGAAAAGUAUAUUGAGAAAACUAGUAAUUUCAGCAGUAAUAUAAAGGGGGAGAGCUGUAUGGCAGAUUGGAAAACUAUGUGCUAG